AUGAACAACCACCAGCACCCAUUGUGGCAGUCCGUGGAUAUUACAAAUAAGAAGCAACAGCGCUGCUUCAGGAGCCCUACAAGUAGGACGAGUGGUGAGAUAAUUGGGCACUUGCUCCCUGGUACCAAGGCGCACUCUUUCGAUACUGAUCUCUACAAUCAGCAAGGUGAGUGCGUCGGUGUAUAUGCCGAGUCGCUAGGUCUUAAUGAAGCUGGGAGCGGGUUCAUGCGGGAGCUACUAUCAACAGCCAGUUCAGCUCCCAUCGGCAGAAGCAGGGCAGCAAAGCUCAUAAUACCACGCCUCCGGGGUUACAUUGUACGAGCCGACAUCAUUCCGCUACGCAUGGCCCAAUCUCCGAACAUGAUUCAAGCAACAUCCUUCGCGAAUCCCCAGCAAUGGUUUGCGGGAGAGUUGCUAACGGACUCUGAUUUCUGCCAACUCUCAAACGUCUUCCGUGCUGCAGCUGGAGGUGUCAUAAUUGAUGUUGGCGGGUUGGAACAUGACGAUGUGGCGGAAGCUCUGAAUACUUUCGAGAGAGAGAUCCGGAAUCGACUGUCAUUCCCAUGGAUACUAGAAGACCGAAGGCAGACCUUGGCAUUUGUGGCAACUAUCUACGCUAUCCCGGACACGGGGGUACAGGAUGCAAUUACUAUGCCUUCGCAAAGACCUUGGACAUUAACCUGGUGGUCCUGGAUGCUCCUGGUUGCUGGCUUGAAGAUCCACAGCAUGCAGGUCUACGAGGCGCUUUCCUUCCGUGUAACUUGUCGCGGGAUGCUGCGCUCUGUGAUUGAAUCGUCGAGGCUCUGA